GUUUUGCUUCCUACAAACAACGAACCUUUAAUUAAUACACAAUUCCUCAAUUCACUCUCGCGAUCGUCAACAUGGUGUUUGCGUGGAAAGCCGCUGGUCUCAGCUACAACCGCUACCUCGCCGUCGCAUCCCGCGUCGUGCGCCGAAGUCUAAAGGAUGACAAGAGAUUGAUUGCCGAACGCCGAGGAGGGAUGGAGCUACGAUUUGCCAAGUGGGAGAACGGCAAGAUGGGCGAGCCGAGACCUCUAGCUGAAGCCAAUGCCGCCGCUGCUGCUUCGUCCGCCUCCAGUGGUUCUACGUAACCUGUUCCACAUGCACUAUGUAAUAAGCGCUUGGAGGUGAGGAGGACCAUAACUCCGGGCAAUCGGAUGCGGAUACGGAUGUGGGAUAGGGAAUGGAUACCUAGACAAAAUUGAGGACUUGUGCACUAUCCAUCCUACUACCUCGCGUGUACAGCUAUAUAAAAUAAAAGAAAUAAAACGUUUCCCCCAACAAACCAUAUUAAUUCGCUUUAUAGAGUUGCGCUUACAGCUCUCGUUCUAUUGUCCCAUAUCCCAUAUCCCAUAUCAUCUCAACAGUAAAAAGGUGGGUAGGUACUUUAGGUUGUGUAGGUAACAAGGCACAAGGAAUAAGACUAGAAGCAUAAAAUAUAUAAAAUAUAUCAAAAUCAAAAAAGGACAUCACGUCUAGUGGUCUACUACCCUAUGUAGUAUUAGUAAGUCUAUAUUUAUCGGACAAAUCAAUUGAUUAG